UGGAUCAUUACGGAUUCGGAGAAAACCUUCAUAUCGGCUUCGCCAUGGGCGUGGAAGGACAAAGGCGCGGAGUGGACUGCUGGUGGAUUGCUGUGAUUUUGUCGCUGUGCUUCGUAGAGCGGAUUUGUGCUCAACUAAGAUACUCUGUUCCUGAGGAGGUACAGGUCGGAUCGACUAUUGGAAAUGUCGCCAAGGAUUUAAGCCUUGACAUCAGCACGUUGAGAAGCAGACGAUUUCGCAUCGUGUCGGGUCCAAAUCACGCUUUGUUUCACUUAAAUCAGAACAAUGGGGUGUUGUAUGUUGGACAAAUUAUGGACCGUGAAACACUCUGCGAUGGAACCAAAGUCUGCUUGAUGAACUUAAAAAUUGUUGUCGAAAACCCUCUAGAAAUACACUACAUUGGAGUGGAAAUAACCGAUGUCAAUGAUCACGCACCGACUUUUCCAGAGAGUGAGCAGCGGCUGGAAAUAGGAGAAAAUACCCCUCUCGGUACUCGUUUUCAAAUCCACGCCGCCAGGGACCCUGACUUUGGUACACAAUCAGUCCGAUUAUAUAAACUGACCUCAAAUGAUAUUUUUGAUAUCGAAGUCAGAGACAGUGAGGAGGACAAGGUACCGUUUAUAGUACUGAAAAAGUCUUUGGACAGAGAGAAAAAGGCUGAACAUCGCUUAUCAUUAACGGCCACUGAUGGAGGGAAUCCGUCCAAAUCUGGAAGCCUGAAUUUAACUAUAACUGUGAUAGACGCAAAUGAUAACCGGCCUGUGUUCAGUAAGGAUGUUUAUACAGUUUCAUUAGAUGAAAAUGCGCCGACAGGAACUACUGUAAUACAGUUAAAUGCCACAGAUUUAGACGAAGGUCUCAAUGGCGAAAUCGAAUACUCGUUUGGAAAAACACAAAAGAAAAAAGUACAAGAUACAUUUGAGUUGGACAGUGUCACUGGUGAAAUUAGAGUGAAGGGGAUGGUAGACUUUGAAGACACAGAGCUCUACAGACUAGACUUGCAAGCUUCAGAUAAAGGCCAGCCACCGUGGGCAGCCGAAAAUUCUGGAACUCCGCCACUCAGCAACAACGUGACAGUCAACGUGUUCAUUCUGGAUCAGAACGACAACGCUCCAGUCAUCCUGUAUCCACUCAGCUCCAACGGCUCUGCUGAAGGUGUGCAGGAGAUUCCCCGCAAUGUCAACGCAGGACACCUGGUGACUAAAGUCAGAGCCUAUGACGCUGAUAUAGGAUAUAACGGCUGGCUGUUGUUCUCACUGCAGGAAGUCACUGACCACAGUCUCUUUGGUUUGGACCGCUACACAGGACAGAUCAGGACGCUUCGUUCAUUCACAGAGACAGACGAGGCUGAACAUAAACUGGUCAUAUUGGUCAAAGACAAUGGGAAUGUCUCACUGUCAGCAACAGCGACUGUGAUUGUCAAACUUGUGGAGCCUAAAGAGGCCUUUGCAGCUUCUGAUGUGAAAAGUGCAGCAAAAGUGGAGGAGGAGGACAACGUUACAUUUUACCUGAUGAUAACUUUGGGAGCUGUUUCUAUACUUUUUCUUUUCAGCAUCAUAGUGCUGAUCGCAAUGCAGUGCUCCAAAUCCACAGACUACACUUCUAAAUAUCUGCAGGAGACAAAUUACGAUGGAACUUUGUGUCACAGCAUUCAGUACAGAUCCGGAGACAAACGAUACAUGUUGGUUGGUCCCAGAAUGAGUAUUGGAUCUACUAUAGUCCCUGGAAGUCAUGCAAAUACUCUCGUGCUUCCUGACAGGAGGAGGCCAUCUGAAGAGUUUCAGUUCCAAGUUGUAGCCACAGAUUCUGGAACUCCGCCACUCAGCAACAACGUGACAGUCAACGUGUUCAUUCUGGAUCAAAACGACAACGCUCCAGUCAUCCUCUAUCCACUCAGCUCCAACGGCUCUGCUGAAGGUGUGGAGGAGAUUCCCCGCAAUGUCAACGCAGGACACUUGGUGACGAAAGUCAGAGCCUAUGACGCUGAUAUAGGAUAUAACGGCUGGCUGUUGUUCUCACUGCAGGAAGUCACUGACCACAGUCUGUUUGGUUUGGACCGCUACACAGGACAGAUCAGGACACUUCGUUCAUUCACAGAGACAGACGAGGCUGAACAUAAACUGGUCAUAUUGGUCAAAGACAAUGGGAAUGUUUCACUGUCAGCAACAGCUACUGUGAUUGUCAAACUUGUGGAGCCCAAAGAGGCUUUUGCAGCUUCUGAUGUGAAAAGUGCAGCAAAAGUGGAGGAGGAGGACAAUGUUACAUUUUACUUGACGAUAACUCUGGGAGCUGUUUCUCUACUCUUCAUCAUCAGUAUCAUCGUUCUGAUUGCAAUGCAGUGCUCCAAAUCCACGGACUACACUUCGAAAUAUCUACAAGAAACUAAUUAUGAUGGAACACUGUGUCACAGCAUUCAGUACAGAUCUGGAGAUAAACGAUAUAUGCUAGUUGGGCCCAGAAUGAGUGUUGGAUCUACAAUUGUUCCUGGCAGUCACGCAAAUACACUGGUGCUCCCAGACAGGAGGAGGGCAUCUGAAGAGAACUGGCUCUGCCCCUUCUAUGGAGAAUAUGUUCAGGGCGACGGAAAGGACGCAGUACACGAUCAGAAGCACGAGCAGAAAGAGCCGAUGCCGGGAUUUGCACAGGGCAUGUCGGAUGAGGAAUAUAGUUCAAAUCUUUAUGCCUCAGCAUACGACAAUUUAGGUCAGAACACGUAA